AUGGCCCGCGAAUUUUUCCAAAAAUACGAAAACUUGUGCAAACACAUCGCCACCAUGUCCUUUGUUUUCAGAAGAAACUUGACCACUUUGAUCCCACCAAAGGUUGCUUCCGCCUCCAACCUGGGUUCCAACCCUGCUGCAAAGAGAAUGCAACACAUUGUGUCUUUCUACUCCAAACUGCCAAGAGGUGAGGCCUCGUUCCCAAAGGCUAAGAGUCCAUUGGGAUUGUACAGACAAAAGUACUUCGACACGGGCUCUGGAGCUCCAUUAUUGCACGCUUCGCUUUUCUUCCUCGCUGUCGGUUACGGAUUGGAGUACUACUUCCACUUGUCCCACCACAAAGAGCAUUAG